CAUUCCUUCCACCUCUUUCUCGCCAUAUCCCUCAACCUUCCCCACUAUCUCCCCUCUCUCUCUCUCCCCGAAACUGCUUCUUAAAUCUUCCCCUCCAUUUCUAUCGCUCUUUAUCGCAAUUCAAUUACCUGCUGCAACCCGGUUUAUAUAUCUAGCUCCCGGCCGGCCUGCACUCUUCAUUACUGUAUCUCUGCUGUUUAUUUAUAUACAAUCAAGCUAAGCUAUAUAUAAGUAUUUAUAUAUUGUACUGCGGCUUUGGUGUCACUUUUUCACUUUCUGGAUUCUGCAUUAAAGAACCUUCUCUAUCAGCUUUCUGCUCUGCCACAGCUUUGGAAUUUAAGUUCAGCAAUAUAAUGGCGCCCAAGACCGGUCGUGGCAAGACGAAGGGAGACAAGAAGAAGAAGGAAGAGAAAGUUCUCCCGGUUGCCAUGGAUGUAACAGUAAACCUACCGGACGAGACGCAAGUUAUCUUGAAGGGGAUAUCGACGGAUAGGAUUAUUGAUAUUCGUCGACUUCUAACGGUGAAUACGAGGACUUGUAAUUUCACAAAAUUUUCGUUAAGUCAUGAGGUGAGAGGGCCACGCUUGAAGGAUACGGUGGACAUUUCCGCACUGAAGCCUUGUGUCCUCACUCUUGUUGAAGAGGAUUACGAUGAAGAGAGCGCCACGGCGCAUGUUCGAAGGCUGCUGGACAUACUAGCAUGUACGACGAGUUUCGGGCCGUCUGCGGCGAGCUCAAAAGGCGGCGAUUCGAAUAAGAAUGUUCGUCCUACGCAGGAUGCCAAGAACCCCAAAAAGUCGAGCAAAUCGCAGCCGACCAACCCCAAGCACUCUUCGCCACCAACUUCCCCGACGUCGCAUUCAAAGCAGGCGGCGAAAGAUGCAUCAUCGGCGUCGGUGGACGCUGACGGAGAGAUGAACAACUCCUGUCCUAAACUUGGUAGCUUCUACGAGUUCUUCUCUCUCUCAAAUGUCACGCCCCCUCUUCAGUUUAUAAGAAGAGCAACAACGCAACGGAAUGAGAAUGAUUUGCGGGAGGAUCACCUUUUCUCUAUCGAAGUUAAGCUUUGCAAUGGGAAGCUGGUUCUGGUUGAUGCCUGUAGAAAAGGAUUCUAUAGCAUUGGAAAGCUAAGGAUUCUUAGCCACAACCUUGUUGAUUUGUUGAGACAUCUUAGCAGAGCGUUUGACAAUGCUUAUGAAGAUCUUAUGAAAGCAUUCCAAGAACGUAACAAGUUUGGAAAUCUUCCCUAUGGCUUUAGAGCUAACACUUGGCUCAUUCCCCCUGUUGCCGCACAGUUGCCCUCUAAUUUUCCACCUCUCCCAGUGGAGGAUGAAAAAUGGGGAGGAGAUGGAGGUGGUCUUGGCCGGGAUGGAAAAAACAAUUUGUUUCCUUAUGCCAAUGCAUUCUUGUUUAUCACAUCUAUGCCAUGUGCAACAGCAGAGGAGAGGCAGAUUCGUGAUAGGAAAGCCUUUCUUCUUCACAGUUUAUUUGUUGAUGUUGCCAUUUUUCAAGCAAUAUCAGCUGUGCAGCAUGUAAUGGAGGAAGACAAAUUAUCUAAUUGUGGUAUUGAUGGCACUAUCAUUUACAAGGAGAGUGUUGGUGACUUAAACAUUUCUGUCAUGAAAGAUGCUUCUAAUGCCAGCUGCAAAGUAGAUACUAAAAUUGAUGGAACUCAAGCAUCGGGAUUAGACAUGAAACAAUUGAUUGAACGAAAUCUCCUGAAGGGGAUUACUGCUGAUGAAAAUACUGCAGCCCAUGAUUUAGCUACCUUAGGUGUUGUAAAUGUAAGGCACUGUGGUUAUAUUGCAAGUGUGAAAGUUCAUGGUGAAGAAAUUGACAACAAAAGUCCUAAACUGCAAAGUCUUGAUCUUCCUGAUCAACCUGAUGGGGGUGCCAAUGCCCUAAAUAUAAACAGUUUAAGGAUGCUUCUUCACUUCAAGACAGCUUCAGAAUAUAACAAAAUAGCAUUGCAAUCAAAAAGUUCAGGUUGUGAAGACACUACUUCCCAGGCUUUUGUUAAGAGAGUACUGGAAGAGAGUAUUACCAAGCUUCAAGAAGAAGAAAUAAAAGCCGAUGCUUUCAUAAGAUGGGAACUUGGAGCUUGUUGGAUACAACACUUGCAAGAUCAGAAGAAAUCAGAAAAAGAAAAAAAGCCUCCUGCUGAGAAGAUAAAAAAUGAAAUGAAGGUUGAGGGGCUUGGAACUCCUCUGAAGUCUCUUAAGAACAAAAAGAAGAACUCAGAUGGGAACAAUAUGGAACUCCAGUCUGAUAACCCCAAGUCUGCUGCAUAUGGCAUUAGUGAGGAAUCGGAAAAAACUGUAGUGCCUUCAACAAACUCCCAUGAUGAAAAUCAAAUCAUACUACAAACUUUGUUGUCUGAUGCUGCUUUUAACCGACUAAAAGAGUCGGAGACUGGACUCCACCUUAAGUCAUUACAGGAGCUGAUUGAUCUAUCACAGAAGUACUACGACGAAGUUGCCCUUCCUAAACUGGUUGCUGAUUUUGGUUCUUUGGAACUAUCACCAGUUGAUGGUCGGACACUUACUGAUUUCAUGCAUAGCAGAGGUCUGCGGAUGCGUUCUCUUGGGAAAGUUGUGAAGCUAUCAGAAAAGUUGACACAUGUGCAAUCCCUUUGUAUGCAUGAGAUGAUAGUACGUGCUUUUAAGCAUAUUCUACAAGCAGUGAUUGCCUCAGUUGUUAAGACUGAGGAUAUGGCUGCCGUAAUUGCUGCUGCUCUGAAUAUGAUGCUUGGGGUUCCUGAAAGUGAACAGUCAAAUCACUUUCAUGAUGUUGAUUCCCUUGUGCGGAGAUGGCUGGAGUUAUUUCUAGAAAAACGAUAUGAAUGGGAUAUUUGCAAUCUAAAGUUCAAAGAUGUGAGGAAAUUUGCAAUUCUUCGUGGUCUAUGUCACAAGGUUGGUAUUGAGAUUGUUCCAAGAGACUAUGAUAUGAAUUCUCCAAAUCCUUUCCAGAAAGAAGACAUUGUUGGUCUGGUACCAGUACAUAAGCAAGCAGCAUGCUCUUCCGCAGAUGGUCGCCAACUUCUGGAAUCAUCAAAAACUGCUUUAGACAAGGGAAAACUUGAAGAUGCAGUCAGCUAUGGGACAAAGGCACUUGCAAAGCUUGUUGCAGUAUGUGGGCCCUAUCAUCGAAUGACAGCAGGUGCUUAUAGCCUUCUUGCGGUGGUUUUAUAUCACACAGGAGAUUUUAAUCAGGCCACAAUCUACCAGCAGAAAGCUCUGGAUAUCAAUGAAAGAGAGCUAGGACUUGAUCAUCCAGAUACUAUGAAAAGUUAUGGGGAUCUUGCUGUUUUCUAUUACAGACUUCAACACACAGAGUUGGCUCUGAAGUAUGUGAAGCGAGCACUUUAUUUGUUACAUCUCACAUGUGGCCCAUCACAUCCAAACACUGCUGCAACCUACAUAAACGUGGCUAUGAUGGAGGAAGGCUUGGGUAAUGUACAUGUUGCCCUCAGAUAUCUUCAUAAAGCUCUAAAAUGCAACCAAAAGUUACUUGGCCCAGAUCAUAUCCAGACAGCUGCUAGUUACCAUGCUAUUGCAAUUGCACUCUCAUUGAUGGAAGCAUAUCCUUUGAGCGUUCAACAUGAGCAAACAACGUUGCAGAUACUUCGGACAAAGCUGGGUCCAGAUGAUCUUCGAACGCAGGAUGCUGCUGCUUGGCUUGAGUACUUUGAGUCAAAGGCUUUUGAGCAGCAAGAAGCUGCCCGAAAUGGAACGAGGAAGCCCGAUGCAUCUAUAGCCUGCAAGGGUCAUCUGAGUGUGUCAGAUUUGCUUGACUACAUUAAUCCAAGCCCUGAUGCCAAAGGAAGAGAUGCAAAUGGGAUGAAAAGAAAAGGAUUUAUUAUGAAGGUGAAGGGAAAAUGUGAUCAAAAUAAUAUUAACUCAACAAAUUCUGAAUUAUCUCCAAAAGAUGGUCAGAGAGAGGCAUCAGAUGAAGAGAAGCAAAUUUGCAAACCUGAUAAUGAAAACAAAGAGAAUAAGGAAUCUGUCAUCUUGGCAGUUGUAUCUGAGCAUGAUGCAGACUGUGCAGGUGCUGAGGAAAAAUUGGUCCAGUCCAGACUAGCUGAACCGGAGGAGGCUGAGGCUUCAAUAGAGAAGCCAAUUGCCAAUGAUGUCUUACCCGAGACACAUGUUGAAGGAGAAGAUGGAUGGCAGCCAGUUCAGAGACCAAGAUCGGCUGGUUUGUAUGGGCGAAGAGUAAGGCAGCGAUGGCAAACAGUUGGCAAGGUCAUUGGUUAUCAGAAAAAAGACGUGGUGUCUGAUGUUGAACAAGCUAGAGUCCAGAAUAACUACCAAGGUGGUAAAUACUACCUUUUAAAGAAAAGGACGUCAUCACCAAGAAGUUAUGCAGAUUACUAUAUAACAAAGACCUCAUCGCCAAGUGCAAAGUUUGGGAGGAGAAUGGUAAAAGCUAUGGCAUAUAGAGUUAAAUCAGUACCAUCUUCUGUCAGAGAAACUGCCACAGAGACCUCAAGAAUUGCAGAUGAUUCAUUAAAUCCUUUAUCAGAAGAGAAGCAAAUUUUGACACCAAAAGAGGUUGGCCAAAUAUCAAAGAGAAGUUCAAUAGUAAGCUUGGGAAAAUCUCCAUCUUAUAAGGAAGUAGCAUUGGCCCCACCAGGUACUAUUUCUAUGUUGCAGACGAGGGUAUCAGAAGAUGAAAUUCAGUAUAGAAAAGAUACUGCAGAGGUUGGAGAAGAAAACAAUCAAUUAGAAGAAAUUUCUGACACUAUGCAGAAGGAUGCUGAAAAUUUGGAGCGCAGCAGCAUUCAGCAUCUUGAUCUGGGUUCUGCAGAGGCCGUUAAGAAAGAAGAAAUUCACACAAGUGAUGUGAUGAUUAUUAAUGAUUCAGAUUGUAUAACAGUGAGUCAAAUGGGGCAGGAAUGCGUUCAAACUGAUAAUACGCUUUCGUCAGAUAAUUCUCCCAAUGGGGAUCUUUGUGAGAAGGAAGAAAUAAACACAUUUGAAGCCAGGAGUGAUUCAAAAUUGACUUUACAAGAAGUAGAAUGUCCAAGGGUGAAAUCCUCGUCUUAUUCAAAUGAUAGCCGGGAGUUGUCCAACAAAAAGUUAUCUGCAUCAGCAGAACCCUUUAGCCCAUCAUCUGCUGUUGCACGCAUAGCACCCUUGCCUAUGAGCAUUAAUCACCCUUCUGGUCCUGGUGCCCUACCGGCCGUUGGUCCUUGGCCAAUGAACAUGACUCUUCAUCCAGGACCAGGCACUGUUUUGCCCAAUCCAAUGGGCUCUUCUCCUCAUCAUCCAUACCCUUCUCCUCCAACAACCCCAAACAUGAUGCAUCCAUUGCCAUUUAUGUACCCUCCUUACUCCCAGCCUCAGUCACUACCACGAAGUACAUUUCCUGUAAACACUAGCCCAUUCCAUCAAAACCAUUAUGCUUGGCCAUGCAAUAUUAAUGCUGGUCCAUCAGAUUACACUCCUAGCACAGUAUGGCCGGGCUGCCGCCCAGUGGAAUUUUCUAUGUCACCAGCGGUGGUUGAGCCAAUCACUGACACAAAUUUGUCCAUGAAGGAGGAGCAAUAUGAUAAUCCUGAAAGCUUGAAUAUAGCACCAAACUUACCAGUGGAUCUCAGUACUUUGGAUGACACAAAGAAAGAAGUUUAUCUUCCAGCAUCAGAAGUUGUGGAGAACUUGAAUGAUGUAACUGACGUUCAAUCAGAUGAUGAUGGAAUGAAGGGCAAAUUAAAUUCGAACCAUGCUACUUUGCCUGAAAGUCUACCAAACAACAGUGAUGAUUCAAAGGAAGAUGCUGGAAGUUGUGAUCAUUAUGUACCAAGACAUCCUUGGAAGACUGAUAAUGAGAAAACCUUUAACAUUUUGAUUAGAGGACGGAGGAACAGGAAACAAACUCUGAGGAUGCCUAUAAGUUUGCUAAAGAGACCAUACACCUCUCAGUCAUUUAAAGUUGUUUAUAGCAGAGUUAUCAGAGAGACAGAAGUUCCCAGGUCCACAGGACUUCCUUCCAAUAAAGAUUGUGCAAGUAAUUGCACAUAAAAUAUAGUACGUUCUGGAGCUUUUAACCAAUAACUAUUGCAUAAUUACCAAUAUGAAGUUGAAGCACACUUGUCCGAAUUCCCAAGGAAAUAAAGAUAAAAAGAAUUGAAUUGUCAGUUUUUGGGAUUGGUGUUGCUGGAUUUCGGACUACAUCACUUGAACUUAAUGGUGCAGGUUUCUUCUUAGAGACAUGGCUUUUGGCAUUUAAGGAGUCUUGACUGGUGAUACCUACGUACGGUCUCCAAUUAUAUUUGGUUAGGAAGUCUUUAUGUUUUGUUUUCAUAGUGCUUAAUAUGAUACUUAAAGGCAGGCUAAAGUUACUCCCCUUUCAUCUAGCUUAGCUAGCUUAUUCAUAUAUAGCAAGUUCUAUUUUUGAUAGCAUGCAGGGAAAUGCUUAAUACAGUUCAUUAUUUGGUUGAGUUGUAUACGACGACAUAAAUUAUUCUUUUGAACUUCA